AUGCUUGGUGAUGGUGAUUCCUCUACUUAUAACAAUAUUGUUGAUAGGAAACCCUAUGGAGAUGAGCUAAUACCAAUUAAAUUAGAGUGUAUUGGUCAUGUCCAGAAACGAGUUGGGAGCAGGUUGCGGAGGUUGAAGAAUGCUAAUAAAGGUGUAAAACUUCAGGAUGGAAAAGGUUUAGCUGGUAAAGGAAGAUUGAAAGAUGGAAAAAUAGACAUUUUACAAAACUACUAUGGUCUGGCAGGAAGAAACAAUCUCAAUGAUGUUGAAAAAAUGGCUAGGGAUAUAAAGGCUUCUUUGUAUCAUGUUGCAUCCACAGACGCCAACCCACAACAUCAGCUUUGUCCGGAUGGAGAAAACAGUUGGUGUCAGUAUAAGGUCAGCCCAGAAACAUACAAACAUAAGAAUGGUUUAGCUAAAUGUAUUGUUGAACUAAUUGAACCAGUUUUUGACAGUUUAUGUGACCAAAGGCUAUUGGAGAAAUGCACGCAUGGUUUAACACAAAACGUUAAUGAAUGUUUAAAUGGGUUGAUUUGGGAGAGAUGUCCUAAGUCAACUUAUGCAGAGAAAGAAACUGUUGCACUUGCCACAUAUUUAGCAGUGCUAAAGUUCAAUGAUGGAGAUAUUUUCUUUAUAAAGAUCUUUGAAGAUUUGAAUAUAACACCAGGAAAAUUUUCUUGCGAAGCAACCAAAGUGUGCGACAUCAAUAGAAACAAAUGUUCCACAAAACAGAAAACAGAAACAGUAAAGAACAGAAGAAAAUUUCUAAGACACCAAAGGAAAAGUUAUAUGGACAAAGCUGAGGCUAUUGAAGGGCCAACUUAUGAAAAGGGGGGGUUCUAAGGCACUUUACAGAUAUAUAUUAUAAAAGGAAACUUUAAAUUGCUCUUUUCUGCAUUCAUUGAUUUUACAAGAAUGGGUAGUUUUUGUGACAUCAUAAUUUUGUUGGAAUUUGAUGCAGAAAAUUGAAAUUUGGUAUGUAGAUAAAACACAACUUAAACUAGUGCCUGACGUUUUUAAAAUUUAAAAUUUCUUAAUUAUGUUUUAAUUAUCAUGUAUUUGCAUAUUAA